AGCGGCAGCACAGUGACAAAAAGGUGAUGUACAAUUGACAAAAUCCACGGACCUCAAUCACGGCGUGGCUAUGAUAGAUUCCUGAAGUACAUUGUUGUCGUGUUGAUCCAACUUUUGCAGAGGUUUCUGUUGAAACACAAAUGGAACCGAAACUACUUCUAACGGUUUUAUUGAUAGUGUCUGCAACUGCUGCAUCUGAUUACAUUCGACCUCUGCCUCGAAAAGCCUUACAUCUUCCAUGGGAUUCUAAACCCUCCUCUUUCCCUCAGCAGGUACGCAUUUCUUUAGCAGGAGACCAGCACAUGAGAGUUACCUGGAUCACUGAUGAUAAAUCUGCACCUUCAAUUGUAGAAUAUGGAACACUUCCAGGGCAAUAUCAUUCUGUAGCUGAAGGAGAAACCAAAUCUUACAGUUAUCUGUUCUAUAGCUCAGGAAUGAUACACCACACAGUGAUUGGGCCUUUAGAGCAUAAUUCUGUGUACUAUUACCGAUGUGGUGGACAAGGUCCUGAGUUCCAACUCAAAACUCCUCCAGCACAAUUUCCAAUCACUUUUGCUGUGGCUGGGGAUUUGGGUCAAACUGGGUGGACUAAAUCAACAUUGGAUCACAUUGACCAAUGUAAGUACAAUGUUCACCUGCUUCCAGGAGACCUUUCAUAUGCUGAUUAUAUCCAGCAUCGUUGGGACUCAUUUGGAAGACUAGUGCAGCCACUUGCAAGUGCAAGGCCAUGGAUGGUAACACAAGGGAACCAUGAAGUUGAGAGCAUUCCUUUGUUAAAGGAUGGGUUUGUGUCCUACAAUUCCAGGUGGAAAAUGCCAUUUGAGGAAAGUGGAUCAAGUUCAAAUCUCUAUUAUUCAUUUGAAGUUGCUGGUGUUCACAUUAUCAUGCUCGGGUCCUAUGCAGAUUAUGAUGAGUACUCUGAACAAUAUAGAUGGCUAAAGGCAGAUUUGUCAAAGGUGGAUAGGAAAAGGACACCUUGGUUGCUCGUGUUAUUUCAUGUUCCAUGGUAUAAUAGUAACACAGCUCAUCAAGGUGAAGGGGCUGAUAUGAUGACAGCUAUGGAGCCAUUGCUUUAUGCAGCUAGUGUUGAUUUAGUUCUUGCUGGUCAUGUGCAUGCUUAUGAACGCUCGAAACGUGUAUACAAUGGAAGACUUGAUCCUUGUGGUUCAGUCCAUAUAACCAUUGGUGAUGGAGGAAACAAAGAAGGCUUAGCUGCUAGGUAUAUAAAUCCACAGCCAAUAUGGUCAGAAUUCCGCGAAGCCAGUUUUGGUCAUGGUGAGCUAAAGAUUAUAAACUCUUCGCAUGCUUUCUGGAGUUGGCACAGGAAUGACGAUGAUGAGCCAGUCAAAUCUGAUGAUAUCUGGAUAACCUCUUUGACCAGCACAGGAUGUGUUGAUCAGAAGAGAAAUGAACUCAGGAAUAAACUUAUGACGCCGUAAAAUCCCUGGAUCUUCUUUGCCAUUCCUCAACAAUAGAUUAGUAAGAGUUUGGUCGUGUAUAUCAUGAGACUAUAUUCCUCAUAUUAGUAUAUAGCACUAAAGUUGCAGCUUGAGUGAGUUGACUUGACCUUGUGUCUUUGAGUGAGUAACUUGUGAUAUUUGAGUACUUUGUUGUAUGGCUGUUCCUGUAUUUAAUUUAAAUAUAUAGAAUCUAUUUAGAUAUAACUCAGAAGCACUUCUGAGAACUUAA